AAACUUACAGAAAAUUCUUCCAACAGAAAAAUAUUUAGGGAAGUUCGUUUUGGAGAACUUUAUGGAGCUCAAUGUUGUUUUGUGUGUGUUGGCUCUUGUGGUGUUUGCUGUUAACAGGCAUCUAAAAAGACAUUAUGGUGUAUUUGAUCGAUUAGGAAUUCCUGGACCAAAACCAAGCUGGCUCUGUGGAAAUCUAGCUGAAAUUUUGAGAAAGGGACAGUUCCAAGCCAUUAUGGAAUGGAGAAGUCAGUACGGACGAGUAUUUGGGUAUUUUGAAGGAUAUACUCCUGUUCUUUCUGUAUCUGAUCCUGAAAUAGUUAAACAAGUUCUAGUGAAAGACUUUCAGAAUUUUAGCCAUCGAAAGCAAUUCCCUCUUGCACCAAGAAAAAGUCUGGGCCUCUUUCUGGAAAACGGCAGCCAAUGGAAGCGAAGCCGGUCAUUGCUGACACCUGUUUUCAGCUCAGGAAAAUUGAAACAGAUGUACAGCACAAUGUCAGAUAGAGUUGACCACCUGAUGGAUAAUCUUGAAAAUAAGAAGGACGUUUCAAUAGAUAUGUAUGAUUUAUUCCAAUGCUUGACCCUUGAUGUUAUUGGACGAUGCGCUUUUGGACUACAAACCAAUGCCCAGAUAGACUCCAAUGACCCGUUCCUGAUUAACAUUAGAACCUUGUUCAGUUACAUCAGUAAAACAUUCAUUUUGCCUUUAGUUAUGGCAGUACCAUUUGUUCAGCACUUUAUAUUUGCCUUGAAGAGAGUUGUGUUACUGUUGGGAUCAAAUCCAGUAGAAUGGCUAAGAAAGCAAUUGACAGAAGUAAUCAAUAUCAGGAAGAAUAUGGGGGCAGGUAAUAAUGCAACUGAUUUGGUGCAUCAAAUGCUGUUUGUAGACAAAAAAGGAAAGAAACCAAUGUCGGAGAGGGAAAUUGUAGCACAAAGUCUGACGUUCCUAUUGGCUGGAUACGAAACUACCAGUGCAGUGCUAGCUUUCCUUACUCAUUUGUUGGCACGACAUCCAGAUGUACAGUCACGACUAUCAGACGAAAUACUCAAUAAAAUUGGAAAGGAGGAGAUAACCUAUGAUUCCCUGUCCUACAUGCCAUAUUUCAACAUGGUGUUUGAUGAAGUUUGUCGCUUAUAUCCAACUGCGUCGCUAAUUGUAACAAGAAAAGCUGCCAGGGACUGUGUUUAUGGAAACGUGAAAAUUCCUGCUGGAAUGAACGUCCAAGUAGAUGUGUGGGGACUUCAUCACGAUACUGAAUUAUGGGAGGAUGCAAAGAAAUUCGACCCAGAAAGAUUUUCUUCUACAAACAAAGACAAAAUAAUACCAUUUUCCUUCAUUCCAUUUGGAGCUGGUCCACGAAGUUGCAUUGGGGCUAGAUUCGCCAUGCUGGAAACAAAAAUUGCAAUUGUCAGAGUCUUACAAAAAUAUAGAUUUGAACAAUCUCCUGAAACAAAGGAGGAACUGGAGCUUGAGUGCCGUGGUGCUAUUGUUCCUAAAGAUGGUGUGUUUGUCAAAAUAGUACCUAAAGAACAAGUUUUCUGAAAAGUCAUUACCGUCAGCUUUCUACUCUUAGAAUGUGAACGUCAAUUUGAUACCCUUGCUGUAUCCAAUAUGUGCUAAGAAAUCUGGAUCUGAAUCAGAGACAAUAAAUCGCCAGACAACAAAGAAACAGACAACAAAAUGGAUUAGAUACACCAAAGAACCCGACAAAGAAAAUAGAUGAUAAUGACAAAAAUAGACAAACGUUGAGUGAAAUAUUCCAGCGAAGUCACUUAUUGAGAUAAAAAGAGACUUGAAAGAAAGAAACUUUAUUUAAACAAGACUGUGAUAAAAUUUAACAGUGCAAUAUUUAUAUAGAAUCUCAUGUAUAUGACCGAUCGAAAGACUGAA